CUCUGACAGACUUCCCCAGCCCAGAGUGAGUGCAGGGAGCAUGACAGAGUUAUACUCAGCAUCCCCAGUAGCCUGGAACUGCUCUCAGUGCCUAGGCAUGACUCCUGCUGCUCACUGUGCCCCCUGACUGAUACCAUUUGGAUACUUGAUGUGAGAAGAUGCCCUAACAUGGAUCCCACACAGCUGCUGCUGCUCCUCUGCUUCUCUGUGCUGCUAACCCUUGCAGCCAGCGGGACCGCCAGCAGGAACUGCCCGGAUCUGACCAUUGACAGCUGUCUGUGCUCCUCUGAACGCUCUAAGGGGCUUGGGAGGCAGAAAUCCAUCUAUGUGAAAGUGGUGUGCAGUGGUGGGGAGCUCAUGGAAACACUGCAGCCUUCCUUACUUCCAAACAAAACUGUGACCAUGGUUCUCAGCCACAACAAGAUUUCACUCCUAAAGAACAGAUCCUUUAUUGGAUUGAAUUCCCUGGAGAAACUAGAUCUGAGGAAUAACUUGAUUAGCACCAUUGAACCUGGGGCCUUUUAUGGACUCACAGAACUAAGACGCCUUGACCUGUCUAAUAACAGGAUUGGCUGUUUAGCCCCAGAAAUGUUCCUAGGUCUCUUCAGUCUUCAAAAACUGAAUUUGUCGGGGAAUAUCUUUUCAACUCUUAUCCCGGGGCUGUUCCAAGAGCUUCCAUCUUUAAACACAGUGUUUUUCAGAGCUGAAUCCCUUAUAUGUGACUGUAAUCUUAAGUGGAUUUUGCAAUGGUCAGCAACUGCUUCUGUCCGUAUUGGUGAAGAAACCACUUGUGAGCACCCAAGUCGUGUGCGAGGACUCAUAUUUGAUACCCUAAAAGAGGAUCAGCUAACCUGUGAUGGGCCACUUGAAAUCCCACUAUUUAAGCUAAUACCAUCGCAGAACCAGAUUGUUUUUCAUGGAGACCGACUUCCAUUUCAUUGUACGGCGACCUUCCUGGCAGAUACGACUGAUAUCAACUGGUUUCACAAUGGAGAGCUCAUACAAACCAAUGAGGAACGUGGAAAUCUUGUAGAGGAGAGCAUCAUUCACGAUUGCUGCUUAAUCACACGUGGCCUUAUACUGUUUAGUGUCGACAUAGAAGCCUCGGGGAGCUGGGAAUGCCAAGUGAAUACUUCCCAUGGUAGUUUUACCAAAAGAGUAGAGAUAUUGGUCCUUGAAACAGGCGCACCCUACUGCCCAGCAGAAAGAGUAAUUAACAACAAAGGGGAUUAUAGAUGGCCAAAAACAUUAGCUGGAGUCACAGCUUUCCUUCCUUGUAGACAGUCUCCAUACAUUUCCAUUCUGCGCCAGGAAAGAAACGUGGAGCUGGAAGCGUGGCGCAAGUGUGAGCGAACUGGACAUUGGGCAGAAGAAGACUACUCAGCCUGUGCUUAUUCACAUGAAGUUACCAGACUUCUUCAUGCCUUUAGCUUGAUGGAGAUUAAUAGCAGCAAUGUCAAUGAAUAUGCUCAGCAACUUGUGCUUUAUACUGGAGGAGCAUCUGCCUUUGCAGAUAAGAUGGAUGUACUGUAUGUUGCAGAGAUGAUGGAAAAGCUGAUAUUGUUUACUGACCACACCAACCAACUGAGCGAUGCUGUUAUUGAGAUUGCGAGCAACAUGAUGUUAGUGGAUGAUCAGAUACUUUCCAUGGCACAGAAUGAAGCUAAGGCAUGCUCAAGGAUUGUGCAGUGUGUGGAAAUCAUCUCCCUGAACAAUAAAGCGCAAGCGGUGUCUAAGGUUUCUCUAAAUAUUGCUCUGGAGGCUGUUAUAAUCAAGCCAGCUAAUUUCUUAGGUAUGACCUGCAUUGCCUACCAGAAAACAUCUUCAAAUUCGGUGAGACCACCAAUCCAUGGAAAUGGCAUUUUGGAUGCGGAAAAUACCAGAAAUCAAAAUUUAAUUGUGAAGUGCAACAACGGUAAUAUCAGUGGCUCCCUGCUACAUUUUUCUGCAAAAAACACCGUAGCUGUAGCUUCCAUUGAUUUGCCACCGUCUGUCUUUGCACAGUCUCCGUCCGUGCAAUCUGUUGAUAACUCCACAUGCAAGCUACAGCUUAUUGUCUUUAGGAAUGGGAAACUGUUUCCUAGCACUGGCAACUCAUCGCAUCUUGCAGAUCAUGGGAAACGUAGGACGGUCGCCACGCCAGCUGUGCUUUCCAAAAUAGAUGGGUACCGUGUCGGAAACCUCACCAACCCAGUGACCAUCGCCCUGAGACACACAGCCCAGGGAUCAGACCCCGUCGCUGCCUUUUGGGAUUUUGACCUUUUAAAUGGACAUGGGGGCUGGUGUGGAGAAAGUUGCCACAUAACCACCUCUGCAGGCAAUAUCACCACCAUUCAGUGCACACGUCUGGGGAACUUUGCAGUGCUAAUGGAUUUGAAGACUGUGCUGUCCCUCCCACAAUACCCAGGGGAGUUUCUGCACCCCGUGGUGUAUGCAUGUACUGCAGUAAUGCUGUUGUGCCUCUUUGCUUCCAUUAUCACCUAUAUUGUGCAUCACAGCACAAUUCGAAUCAGUAGAAAAGGAUGGCAUAUGCUACUUAACUUCUGUUUCAAUACUGCCCUUACUUUUGCGGUGUUUGCUGGAGGAAUCAACCGAACAAAUUAUCCGAUAGUAUGUCAAUCUGUUGGAAUCGUUUUGCACUAUUCUACCUUGUGUACAGUACUGUGGAUUGGCGUCACCGCGAGAAAUAUUUAUAAACAAGUGACAAAAAAACCUCACCCACCUCCAAAUGCUGAUCAGCCUCCAUUUCCAAAGCAGCCAAUGCUCAGGUUCUAUCUCAUUAGCGGAGGGGUCCCUUUCAUUAUUUGUGGAAUAACUGCAGCAACCAACAUGAAAAAUUAUGGAAAUGAAGACAACACACCCUACUGCUGGAUGGCGUGGGAGCCAAGCCUUGGUGCGUUUUAUGGCCCUGUCGCAUUCAUCGUCCUAGUCACCUGUAUUUACUUUCUCUGCACAUACAUACAGCUGAGGCGUCAUCCUGAACGCAAGUACGAAUUAAAGGAAAGGACAGAAGAACAACAGCGGCUGGCAGGUGCAGAAACGGGUCACAGCCAUCUAGCCGAGCCGGGGUCAGUCUCCCAGGCAACCUGCUCUAUGAUUUCAUCAUCGUUAUUGGCAAACGAGCAUUCAUUUAAAGCUCAGCUCAGAGCAGCUGCAUUCACCCUUUUCUUGUUUACUGCAACGUGGACAUUUGGGGCUCUCGCUGUGUCUCAGGAACCUUUCUUGGAUAUGAUAUUUAGCUGCCUCUAUGGAGCGUUUUGUGUCACCCUAGGGCUUUUUACUUUGAUCCAUCACUGUGCAAAGCGAGAUGACGUUUGGCAUUGUUGGUGGUCCUGCUGUCCAUCCAAGAAAAAUGCAUACCCCGUGCCGGCAAAUGCCCGACAGAAAACGAAUAUCAAUGGGGACGCCCAGGUCCAUACAACUUGUCUUCAGGAUUCGCCAUGUCCUAAUAAAUCUCCAAUGUAUAAUCGCCCCCCUGCAGGACAUUGCAAAUUGACCAAUAUACAGUCUGCUCAAAACCACGUCAAUUGCCUUUCGCCGGUCACCCCAUGCUGUGCCAAGAUCCACUGUGAACAACUUAUGGAUGAUGAAUCUCAUAUUCAUGUACAUAAUGAAAGUGCUUUUAGGCCCAACAUGCAUGUUCAUAGGUGUUUGAAAAGCAGAACUAAACCACGUUACUUUAGUCGACAUAGGUCAGCUGCGGAGAGAGAAUAUGCUUACCACAUUCCUUCUAGCAUUGAUGGAAGCAUACACAGUUCCCACACAGACAGCCCACACAGUACACAUGAGGGCCACACGGGCCACAGGAGGGGGUGCUGUGGAGCAAGCGAUCCCUACCCUACAAUCAGUCAACCUGAAAGCAGCGAUGCAAGUACUGCGAUAUUUAGUUGUGGCAAAAUGCCUGACACUGACACGGUGCAUCAUGGAGCACAUUUUGAGUUGCAUCCCCGGAGACAAUCAUUCCCAUUCAAUACAACAAACCCUAAUGGAAUACUCAAGGGAAACAUGCAUGAAGCCAUGAUCUAUAGUUCAGAUAGUACAGGAAAUAUCAAAACUGGCCCUUGGAAAAAUGAAACUACUGUGUAGUUCAUGGGUUAGUAGUACAUCCGUCCUUUGAUGCUGGUAAAUCUAUAAAAAAACAUUUCAAGUUUA